UCUCUCUCUCUCUCUCUCUCUCUCUCUCUCUCUCUCUCGUUUCGUUCUCUGCGUUUAGGUUUCUUCGGGAGCUAUUAACCUUGAAAAAGCCCCGGGAAAAACGACGACGAGUUUUCCAUUGCUCUUAGCCCACCACAAAGCCAAAGUCAAUGAGAAGAUGUUCCUCAAUUUUUUCGUUGUAGAGAUCCAUACCCAACACGCGUUUGCACGUUUGUCGCCGCCAUGUCAAGAUUUUUGACCUUUCGAGCUGUUAACCGACACACAACAUCGCAUAUCUCGAACCAGAAAAACAGAGUUCCAGAUUCGAGGAGCUAUAGAACAGUUGUUACGGUUGCUCUAAGGUUGCCCCAAUUCAGAAUUUGCACGCAGUCUAGACUUGCGUUUAAUGGGCAUAGCCCAUUCUCCCUGCGUGAUGCGAAAAGAGGUUUUUCUAGCAGUAUUCUCUCGCGAAGUUAUUCGCUUGCCUCUUCAAGCAAUGUAGUUACACAUCAUGCCCAAGUUGCUUGGAAAAGGCUUCAUCGUAAGUAUUCUACAAGCUGUUGGAGUUGGCCUCGUAUAAGCACGAUUGCCCAAGCGGUCAGCUUGUCGCUGACCCGUUCACAUUUGUUGGUCCCUGGUAUCUUUGCUGUUACAUGUGGACAAGUAGCAUGGGCGCAAGGAGCUACUGGUCCAGUCGUAGAUCAUUACCCUAUGUAUAUGAGUGCAAAGAAUGGGCCUAUCUAUCUGACUUCUCUACUACUUUCGGUAGUAGAGGGCAUUAUUCUGCUUGCAAGGGCGCUCUAUUUAUCUGUUUUGUUUUCUCCGAGUAUAAUGCUGGCACCCUUUGCCGACAUCUGUGGGCCUCGCUUUAGGAGACUAUGGCUUGAGAUCGUUCAUCGUACUUUGGAAAGAGCAGGUCCUGCUUUCAUUAAAUGGGGUCAAUGGGCAGCCACCCGUCCAGAUCUCUUUCCAAGGGAUUUGUGUUCGCAGCUCUCAAAGCUUCACAGUAAAGCUCCCGAGCACAGCUAUGCCUACACAAAGAAAACUAUCGAAAGGGCAUUUGGUCGUAAACUUUCUGAGAUAUUUGAGGAUUUCGAAGAGGCCCCAGUGGCAUCUGGGAGUAUUGCCCAAGUUCAUCGAGCUUCCUUGAGGUUUCAGUAUCCAGGACAAAAGUCUAAGCCCAAUGUGGUUGCCGUUAAAGUUCGACAUCCUGGUGUUGGUGAAUCAAUUAGGAGAGAUUUCGAGAUAAUCAAUAUGGUUGCGAAGAUAUCUAAUCUUGUUCCGGCAUUGAAGUGGUUGAGAUUGGAUGAGAGUGUUCAACAGUUUGCAGUUUUCAUGUUGUCCCAAGUUGAUCUCGCAAGGGAAGCUUCCCAUUUGAGUCGGUUUAUAUAUAACUUCCGCAAAUGGAAAGAUGUCUCUUUUCCAAAGCCCGUAUAUCCUCUGGUACAUCCCGCUGUUCUGGUUGAGACUUAUGAGCAAGGAGAAAGCGUGUCACGUUACGUUGAUGACAUGGAAGAAGGUCAUGAACAGAUCAAGGCUAGACUUGCUCAUAUUGGGACUCAUGCCCUUCUGAAGAUGCUCCUGGUGGACAACUUUAUUCAUGCUGACAUGCACCCUGGAAAUAUCCUCGUGCGGAAGAAAGCUUCUCGUGGGGGCUUUUUCAAAUCGAAGAAGCCCCAUGUCGUUUUCCUCGAUGUGGGAAUGACUGCUGAACUCUCGAGGAAUGACCGAGAAAACUUGCUUGAGUUUUUCAAGGCGGUUGCACGUAGGGAUGGUCGGACCGCUGCUGAGUGCACACUUAGAUUAUCAAAACAACAGUCUUGCCCGAACCCGCAAGCUUUCACUGAGGAAGUAGAGGAGGCAUUCAAAUUCUGGGGAACACCAGAGGGAGAUUUAGUUCAUCCAGCUGAUUGCAUGCAUGAAUUGCUCGAGAAAGUAAGGCGGUAUAGAGUUAACAUUGACGGGAACGUGUGCACUGUAAUGGUCACGACAUUAGUUCUCGAGGGAUGGCAACGGAAACUCGAUCCAGGAUAUGAUGUGAUGCACACACUGCAAACUAUGGUGCUUAAAACCGACUGGGCGAAGUCUCUAUCAUACACGAUCGAUGGUCUGAUGGCACCAUAAAAGAAGAAGAAAGAUUCCAAUCCUUUCAUCCCAUUUGCUUGUGAUUAGAAUUUAGAAGUAAGAAAGAGUUACUUCAUCUUUAGAUGAAAAGGAGGUGCCAUGUUUUUGGGUCUGGGAAUUUUGGUCAAGUUUCCAACUAUAGAAUUGUAUUUUAGGGGGUUUUAUGUUCUCUGAGUUCAAAAGACAAAGCCACCAGAGGAAUGAUUGAUUGAUUAAAAUGUUGAUAUAUUCAUGUUUUGUGUUGGAAAAUCAUCAUCAUCAUCAUCAUCAUCA